CUAAAUUUAUUGUUGUUUGUCUGGAAAAUGAUGGAACUUCAACAUUUUAUUUUUCAGAAAAUUUACUAUAUUAUGCUUUGAAUUUCUUGAGCUUUUGUUGGUUUGGGAAGUUUCUGUAGAGAGACAGAUUUAGUUUUCUUGAUCUUGGAGGCUCACUUCUCCUUAUUUCUUGGUAUAUCUGUGUUUUCCUGUUGUUAUUAUCUUCAUAUUUGCGGUUUUUUUUUUUUUUUCAGCUUAAGGGGUUGAUAUGGUUAAACAUCUGAGGGAACAUAAAUUGAGGCUAUGCCCAGAUCAGAAUUGCUGGUUACUGUGUUUUUGAGAAACUGUGUUAAUUGAUGAUUGAUGUGCAGACUCUUCCACUGAGGUUACAAUACCCUAAACAAGUGGGCAUACGAUGGAUAAGAAAGCCAGCUGAUCACAAGACAGUGAGCAAGCAAGAGAAAAAGCCAGUAAACAAAGUUUCCCUGUGGUUUUUGUCUUCAAUUCCUAGCAUGAGAUUCUAUCCUUAGCACCUACAAUUGUGGGUUGUGAUCUGGCAAUAUCAGCCACAUAAACCUGUUCAUCACUUGAGAUGCUUUUCAUUAGACAAUUUAAUCACAGCAAGAAACAAGCAAGUUAGAACAAAAUUUGGUACACCAAAAGUGUUUUUGUUGGAGGAUAGAAUGUGGGAAUGUUGUCUUUUGGAGUAAUGUUUAAGAUAUUAGGACUUAAAAAAAAAGAUAUUAGGACUUUAGAUGGCAAAAGGCAUAAAAAGUUGCACAUAGAACUUAAUCGGCUCUUCUUGUAGGACCAGGAAUAUGAGUAUUGAAAGUAAUGGUCACAGUAGCACUUCAGGGAAUAGGAUUUCAGUGGGAAAUAGACUCCAUUAAAAAUUUAGCUAGAGGUAAUUUGAAUAAUAUUAUGUCCCCAUAUCAUUCUUAUUUUCUCCAUUCCCUAAGAAAUUGAGUAAGGCAGAAUUAAAAAAUAAUAGGCUGAUUUCUUGGACAAAGUAUUGCUUCUCUUGGGUGUUUAUUACUGAUAAUUCAAUCAGGUCUACAGUGUAAAAGAAACAAGUGGUGCAGAAAGAAAUAAAAAGUCUGUUUUGAAGAGAUAAACAGACUAGGUAGUUUCAAAUAGUAGUCCUUUGGUAGAGCAGAGACAGAGAAUUUUGAAGUUUAGGACCAUUAAAGAGAAGGCCCUUCUCAGCAUUUGAGACCCAGAAAGAUACUCUAAGUGCAAGACUCCAUCCAUCUAAGCCUUUAAAUUAUGGAGGGAAUAGGCAACUUGAUUCCUAAUCCCAAGAAGCAACUUCACAGAGGACCUUCUGUAAAUAUUUUCCAAGUGUGGUAGCAUCCAUCCCAACAUAGAAGCCUAAUUUGUGGUGAGUAACUCAUGUCGUACUGGUUCUGGAAACAAGACAGAUGUAAAAUGUACAGGUAGGUCAUAGGUUCUUCCUCUGUUGUUUCAGUUGAGCACUGCUGCACACAUCUAUGUUUGGCAGAGUCAGAAACCCAGUGAAGAGACUGUGAGAGCUCAUCGCAUGAAGCUGUGAAGAUUACGCCAGUGUUGUAUUUUGAGAUGGCAUUUCUGUUGCAAGGUUAUAUCCCAUACAAGGGGUACAGAAAUGAGAGAAGUGAACCUCCUUAUUCAGUUUCCUUCUAGAGUGACUUGAUGAUUACUUUACAAUGUCUGUGCUAUGGAGGAAGUAAGUGGAGCACCAGAAUUAUAUGACUAUAUCAUGAAGAAGUAUAGAUUUACAAUGUUGUCAGUACCAUGCUUUCUGUUGUACACAUCUAUGGGAUAUUUUAGAAUGCAGUGACCUAUGAUGAUGUGCAUGUUGCCUUCACUUGGGAAGAAUGGACUUUGCUGAAUCCUUCCCAGAAGAAUCUCUACAAAGAUGUGAUGUUGGAGACCUACAGGAACCUCAUUACUAUAGGAAUGCAAGAAGUCGUACUGGACAACAACCUCCUGAAUAUCCUCAAUGUGUUAAAGCCUUUGCUCAUCACUGUACUCUUCAAAAGCAUAAAAGAACACAUACUGGAGAGAUACCCUGUGAAUGUAAUCAGUGUGCUAAAGGCUUUCCACAUUUUAAUAAUCUUGAAAAACACAAAAGAACACAUACUAGAGAGAAACCUCAUGUAUGUAAUCAGUGUGGUAAAGGCUUUUCACAACUCAGUGUUCUUCAAGUGCAUAAAAGAACACAUACUGGAGAGAAACCUUAUGUAUGCAAUCAGUGUGGUAAAGGCUUUUCACAACUCAGUAUUCUUCAAGUACAUAAAAGAACACAUACUGGAGAGAAACCCUAUGAAUGCAAUCAGUGUGGUAAAGGCUUUUCACAAGUCAGUCAUCUUCAACGGCAUGAAAGAAUCCAUAGUGGAGAGAAACCCUAUAAGUGUAAUCAAUGUGGUAAAGGUUUUGCACAUCCUAGUAAUCUCCAAAUGCACAAAAGAACGCAUACUGGAGAAAAACCCUAUAAAUGUAAUCAGUGUGGUAAAGGCUUUUCACAACCCAGUCAUCUUCAAAUGCAUAAAAGAACACAUACUGGAGAAAAACCCUAUGAAUGUAAUCAGUGUGGUAAACUCUUUCCACGUCCCAGUAAUCUCCAAUUGCACAAAAGAACACAUACUGGAGAGAGGCCCUAUACUUGUAAUCAGUGUGGUAAAGCCUUCACUUCUCAAAACAGUCUUGGAAUACAUAAAAGAACCCAUACUGGAGAGAAACCCUAUGAAUGUAAUCAGUGUGGUAAAGAUUUUGCACGUCCCAGUAAUCUCCAAAUGCACAAAAGAACACAUACUGGAGAGAAACCCUAUGCUUGUAAUCAGUGUGGUAAAGUCUUUGCAGAACAAAAACGUCUUCAGAUACAUAAUAGAACACAUACUGGAGAGAAACCCUAUGAAUGCAAUCAAUGUGGUAAAGCCUUUGCGGAACAAAGAAUUCUCCGAAUACAUAAAAGAACACACACUGGAGAGAAACCCUAUGAAUGUAAUCACUGUGGUAAGGCCUUUGUAUGUCAAAGUCAUCUCAGAACGCAUAAAAGGACACAUACUGGAGAGAAACCCUAUGAAUGUAAUCAGUGUGGAAAUGCCUUUGCACAUAGCUCUCAUCUUCAAAGGCAUAAAAGAACACAUACUGGAGAGAAACCCUAUGAAUGCAAUCAGUGUGGAAAAUUCUUUGCAGAACAAAGAUGUGUCCAAAUACAUAAAAGAACACAUACUGGAGAGAAACCUUAUGAAUGUAACCAAUGUGGUAAAGUCUUUGCUCAUCUUUGUUCUCUUCAAAGGCAUAAAAGAACACAUACUGGAGAGGAACCCUAUGAAUUUAAUAAGUUUGGUAAGACUACACAUCAUAGUGAUCUUCAAAAAAAUUAAGAUUGUCAACAAUCUGGUCAAGCAUUUUCAUAUCUGUCUUUAUAUAAUUGUAUCUGAAAACUCAUUGGAAAAAUAAAUUUAUGAAUGUAUUAAGCCCUAUGAGUUUCAAUAAUCAUGUUACCCUUUUAGAUUUUUGUACUUGAAUUACAUGAAAUGACUAACUCAGGUGUAAAACUUUAUGGAUUUGUAUUAGUGCCUUGUCUGUUUUUGUGAUAUAAUGUCUAGGUCAACUUAUAAAAGAGUUUAGUUUGACCCUUGGUUCUAGGGGGAUAUAAGAUCACCAUGAAAGUGGCAUGGUAACAAGUGCUAGACAUGGCAGCUAAAGCAGGAAGCUAAGAACUCAGAUCAUCAGCUUGAAACAUGAUGUAGAGUGAGAACUGGAAAUGGUGUGCAGAUGUAAAUUCUCAAAGCCUUCCCACCCAGGAACAUAUUUCCUAAAGCAGGGCAGCAGCAUUUCCUAAAUAAUUCCAAUGGACGCCAGCAACUGAAUAGGAUUGACUUCUCUCACUUCAAGCCUAUAUUCUUGCUUUCUGUUACACAAACCAAUUUAUGAUAAAGAAAAACUGUGUAAGUGAGCUUGUAGAUGCCUCAGCACCUGUGUUAUAGAAAUGAUGCUUGUAAGAGAAAAACUUUCAUGAGUAAAACUUGUUUAAAGAUUUGUUUUACUUUCAAUUAUGUGUUGUCAGUGCGUUUGUGUGCAUAUGUGCAUCUAUAUGCUGGUUCCCAAGAAGCUUAGACACUUGGAUCUUCCUGUAGCAGGAAUUAUGGGAAGCCAUCCAAAAUUGGACCCUGGUCCUGAGAAUGAACUUUUCUUAACUGCCCAGCUAUGUCUCCAGCCUCGUAAAUAUUUUAGAACUGACAUAUCAUUUUGAUGUCAGGAAAUAGGGAUGAACUUAUAGAAGAGGAAACCCUAUUCAUUUAAAUAAUUUGGUAAAGACUUUAGACCUUUUUAGCUUCAAGAAAAAAAGCCUUUUUUUUUUUCAUUUCUUUUUCAUAGUCUUGAAGGAAGUAAAUUACUUACCAUGUUCACUCCAGACUGAUGGUGGAGAUGACUGCAUUUUUUUGUUUGUUUGUUUGGGUUUUUGUUGUUUUGUUUUGUUUUAUUUUGAGACAGGGUUUCUCCGUGUAGC